AUGUACACGGAUAGUUGCUUUGUCGCUGCUGGCGGUUCGGAUGGGGCUGUGCUUGCCAAUAAUCGAGAUGACUCAACCCUGCCUCCAAGGUUCCCUGUUUCCCAAGGCAACCCGGGUACCUGGCAGCUUUGCGCAAGGUUGCGGUCGCACGGCCAUCUGGAUCUCUGCGUGACGUCCUCAUUCUCCGAAGUCGCGUGCUUGCUACCCGCCUCAUGCGAGCUCACCACUGGCUUUGGUCACCUGAUCCGUGUCCACCCCGCCAGUGUUGAUAGCGAGGCGACGAUCCAUUUUUGGGGUCUUCAGACGCACAAGGCAAACACUCUCGAGCUGCUCGUCACGCCAGCCGGUUCGGACUCGAGGUGCUUGCCCCUCCUUCUACCCUGGCUCCUCCCCCUCUGCUUCGGAUGGCAUACCCCCCGUGUCUCAUCCGGACCCGCUAGCACAACACAUACCAAUGCAGACCGCCUCAACCGACACGCCAAUCGCGCAUUCACGGUCUCUGGUGGUCACCCGCCAUCGGUCCGGUCGUGGAUAAGAUUUGGUGAUGGCUCCGCCGCCCCUCCCCCUCCUUCCCCGUCCGGAUCGACCGAACGGUUGGCCGAAGAGCUAGCUCCGGCCCUCGAUCAGCUGAAGAACCUCACGACCGACACGAACCUGACCGUCUCGCAAGCCUUCACAGCUACUGAACCUCUCCUCCGCUUACGCCAUACUUUCAUUGACGAUGCUCGUCCUGACACUGCCAAGGAUGCCUUCCGACAUCUGCUGGGCUUCCAGGCGCUGCUGGACCUGGCCCGCCAGCUCGCGGAGCUCUACGAUCGCGAUGCGCUUUCGAAAAACGACAGAAAAAGCUUGCUGGUGAUUUUUAAGGACGUAUUGGCACUCUUGGCGGAGGGCUUGAAGGACCAUUUUGGAAACAAACGAUACUUUGUCCGCAAGAUUUCCGGUGGAGGAAUUGCAACACUAGAGCGAACUCUCAAGGUCCUGGUAGGGAAGAUAGGUGAUACGGAAGCCGAUGCACAGCAGCUGUAUGGAGGUAUUCUGGCUGCUGCGCUCUGCCAGGAGGCCGUGGCGGGCAUCUUCGUAUCUCUGAGCGGCAAGCUUCUGCAGAGUGGGAGCUCAGAAUCCCCGAAAGAUAUCCGAUAUGCCGUGGACCAGUCCAUGGGCUCCGCCGAAACUGUCGAGGUUGCAGAAUUGCUGGGUCCUUUGCUCCGCGUGUGGGUUACUCACUCCAUGACACCUGGGAAUGAUAUCCUCCGCGUGGCUCUCCCCGCAUGUCUAUGCCAAUUGGCCUCCCAAUCUCGACGGAACGUCGUAGCUUUGCAUGCCACCGGGAUGUUGACCUCAAUCCUCCCGCUCUUGUUCGAUGACGGCAGGUCCGACACCGAAACAGCGCUUUACCAAGACCUGGCUCGUUAUCUCAGUGCUCAGGGUAUGAGUAGUCUGGGCGAUGCUGUUUCUCUGUACCGGCGCGCGCACGAAAGCCCCCAGGUCCUUGAAUUCCUCCUCUCUGCACUCAAGGUCUCUAAAGAACCCCCAUCAAUCCAAUUCGAUCUCUCCCUGCAUGGCUUCUGCUCCGUCGAAUUUGCAACACUGGGCCGCUCAUUCCCUCCGAGUGCUUCGGCUGGAUACACCCUGUCAGCUUGGGUGCGCUUCGAUGAAUUUGAUCCAAACGCGCACACAACCAUAUUUGGAGCAUUCGAUGCGAGCCAGACCUGCUUCAUUCUUGCAUACCUGGAAAGAGAUACACGCAACUUUAUUCUCCAAACCGCGAUCCAAGGCCCACGACCGAGUGUGCGCUUCAAGUCUGCCAGGUUCGAACCGAAUCGCUCGUACCAUAUCUGCCUUAUUCAUAGACGCCCAAAGCCCACGUCUUCCUCCAAGGCAUCUCUAUUCAUAGACGGCGAAUUUGCUGAGCAGCUGAAGAUCGACUAUCCGUCGGUCCCAGUCAGUUCUCAUCCAAGUCGGCCACCCCGGAUUCAAGCUUUCUUUGGAACACCCCGGGACUUAGCCAUGCGUCUUGGCAAGGGAGUGUCGACAUCGCGAUGGUCGCUUGCAAAUGGUAUCCUCUUUGAGGAUGCUUUCAGCGAUGACAUGGUGUCUGUGUUUUAUAAUCUUGGUCCACGGUAUUAUGGAAACUUUCAGGAUUGCCUGGGCUCCUUCCAGACGUACAAAGCCUCCGCUUCUCUCAACCUGCGACAUGAACACCUGCACCCUGGGAAAGAAGAGAACUCGGAUAUCGUCACUGCUAUUCGACGAAGAGCUAGUACCUUGGUUCGGGAGAGCUCAAUUUUGAUCAAUGUCUCGCCUAUCGCUGUUCUCGACGACGAUGAUAGCAACAACGUGGAUGAGUCACAGCUUGUCAAAUGCUUAUCCAGGCAGGCAGCCAAAUCUCUUCAGCAAUUGACCAAGGCAGGAGGGAACGCUGUUGCUGUCAAUGGGGCUACUCCUGCCAUAAACGAUGGCCUCACGCAGCCUCAGGGCGUUGGUAUCUUGACUGGUGAUCCGGUUGUCGAAGUUCCAAGAUCGUUGGAUGACGCUAGCUGGUGUCUCGGGGGCUGUGCUGCCGUCCAUUUAAGUCUCAUUCAAGCUGCCGAUACCGCUGAAGCUACGCGACUGGCGGUUGAGGCACUCUAUGAGGCCGUCCGAGACAACUGGAGAAACAGUGAAGCAAUGGAGAGGGAGAAUGGUUAUGGAAUCCUUGCGGCGCAGCUGCGUGAAAAGCUAGGGUACCAUCUUGGCAGCACGGCUCCAUCGAACAAGACUGCGAUGGUUGGGUCAAGUACGGAACAAAGCUCAUUGACUCUUGAUCUACUUCGUCUCACCCUAGAAUUUGUGGGAUACGAUUUCAAGCGCCCCACUUAUUCUAUCAUCACGAAUCCCCUCGCUUAUCGGGUCCUCCUUGUUGACAUGGAUGUCUGGCGAUUUGGUGACCCACAGGUCCUGGAUCUUUACUAUUCACAGUUCCAGAUAUUCGCGACCAGAAGCAACUACUGCCGGUUCAAUGCAAGGAGACUUGGCCGUAUGCCCGAGCUCAUCUGCCGCUCUCAAGAAAAAGAAGAGCCUCCGUUUCGUGGAGCUUCGUCCCGACCCAGCUCUUCGAAAUCUGAUUCGGGGAAGUAUGUAUCAAGCAUUGCUCUUGGGAUUGAGAUGCUACGGCUGUAUGCCGAUAUUUUGUGCAAUACUCAUGAUCCUACCGCUCUGAAGAAGUUUGCCAAAGCGGUCACCAACAAGGUUAGUAACGAACCGACACCCGAUGGAGUCCUCUUGAUCACGUCUGACUUGUUGCAGUGGCUCUUGUACCUUGCUUGUGAAGACGAGCCUGAGGUUGUGACUCUUGCUGUCAAAAUUCUGGCAAGGCUGCUAGUUGUCCAUGGGAGCAGCUACAGCAAAAAGCUAUCUGAAAAGAAUGGAGGAUAUACAGUUUUGGAACAUCAUCUGCAACGAUGGUGGAAUCUCCCUUCUCUAUGGAUAGUCUGCUUCUCCAUCUUCUUUGGCCAAGAUAUUGCCCGUCUCGAUCUUGAACGUCCCUUCAAUGCUCCCGCUCUGCUCAAUCUUUUCUUGGCUGACGGGGAGCUCCGCAUCGUUUUCCCCGAGAUGCUUCCAGUCAUAAUGGCGAUGCUCAAAGCUGGCUCAAAAGAAUUAAUGUCAACAUGGGGAGAGACGGUGGAGCAUGCGCAAACUCAUUUCGAAGAGGCCGCUAUCAGCUCUAAAAACCCAAACAUGUCAUUGUGCACUUUGACUGGCGUGGCUUUGCCGGACCAGGUGAAAUUUGGCGUUGCGGUCCUGUCCUCCGUCGUCAAAUUCUUGGCAGAGGCACGCUCAGUAUCCCGGAACUUCCAGGAUUUCACAUCUCAGUCAACGUACGUGCAUGAGCUUCUCGCUAUUCUUUACCCUUCUGUUGUUGGUACGGAUCCCAUAGGCUCCGCCACCGAGUUGAGCUCUCGACCAAGUGGAAUCAGCUUCGACGAGAGCAAUCUUGUUGCCCGACCUCGGUCGAGCACUGCAAAUACUUCUACGGUGUUCCAAACGACUACAGUUGAUGUGACUGGAAGCCCCAACGAAAGCACAGAUUCUCUUCGUCGCGGUUCAUCGUUUGUCCUUGUCUCGUCAGAAAGAGCCAAGCACCAGCCAUCUAAUGCCCGUAUCCGUCGAGUAAUCAAUCCAAAAUCCGCGGACGAUGGAGGAGUGGUUGAGCACCCACUUACGAAGGCUAUUUUUGGCCUCGUGCUUCCUAUGCUGGAAGAACAAUUACUGGAGAAAAAGGAUUUCUCGGGGCUCGGUCUCUAUCAAAAGACACCUCCCGGGUUUUUGGAACACCAAGCGCAUUUCAAUUCUUGGAUUUUCAAUUGCCUUCUUUCAACAUUGAAAGAAUUGCCGACAUCGAAACCUUGUAUUCUCCAGGAGCCCCGCGUAUUGACGAAUCUCUCCCGAUUUGCGACUCACCUUGCAGAAGCAGUCUACGAGGGCUGGUUCAUCAAUGGGCCCGUUUCCACCUUGGAAUGCCUUGGUACACUCAUAGAGUAUUUGCAGCGCCCGGAUAUCGCGAACCUCAAGAGCAUUAGACUGUGCAGUCAAGCAGUUGCUACCAUUCAUUUGACUCUUUAUCGGGUGGUGUUAUUCCAGUUGUCCGAAGCGGAUGAUACAGAAUCCCUUUUCGUUUUGAAACGGCUCAACUACUGGCAAGUCGUGCUGCUGUCCGCAGCCGAUACGCAGUCAAGGCAUCUUCAUUUGCUCUUCUAUUUAUUGUACACGAAGUUGAUCAGCACAGACCAAGAUGUCCGCUUAGCUGCUGCAAGUCUCUGGCGGAUAAUCCUUGUCCAGAAGCCAGAUGAGGUCACAAUGCUUCUCGGUAAUGCGCCGCACUCUCUCCAACGCCGACUUGCCGACGGUUUUGAUGCUCUCGUGGGCAUGGAAGAUGAGGCUUUUCUCCCAUGGAUUGACGAGCAAAGGGAUGAUCUCGACGCUUUGUUCUUCGGCAUUUUGUCUCGGUCCUGGGAUUCAUUCGUUCAGGAAGAGAAUUCGAAGAGUGAAGAUUCAGCAAAGAACCGCAUAUCAAGACGUAGGGACAAGCUCAAACAAUGGAGCCAGUUGGAGAAGUUCAAUGAAGAUAUGAUCAAAAAGAACGACGCCAUUCUGCCCCACUGGAUUUCCAACAUUUCUGCGUCCGAAUUCCUGAAGUCUCAGAGAUUCCUGCAAGACAUGCAAGAUAAUUCCGUCUUCAUGUGGUCGGCAUUCUCUAAUCUCCUGAUGGAUCUGCGGCGGCCGGGUGGUCUGCUUGCAGAAGAAAAGGAGAGAAAAUGGAGACUUGAUCAAACCGAAGGCCGCAGUCGGAUGCGAUUGCGUGUUGUCCCAGAUGAUUCAGAUGAGCGGCAGGACUAUCAACCAAAGCGCAAAGCGUCUGAGCCACCUGCAGUCAAAAUCGAUACCCGGUUUCGCGCCCUGUCUGAAGGAGAGGUGAUUUCAACGCCCACGGGGAUGACAGCCGAGCCUGCGGUCAUAGAGUCAGAGCCACAAUACGGAGAGGCUGAAAACGCUACUAAUUCUGAAGACCCAAGCAUGCUCGAGGAAAAUUUUGAAAUGAUUGAUGAUCCCAAGAUUGAGCUCGAUGCCAGUGAAUAUGAAGAUAAGAAUCGCAAGGUCAUGCGGUCUCUCCAUCGCGGCGAUCAAGUUCAGAACGUUUGCAACAUGUCGCGAAUCAUCGGGUUGGAAGCCAUCGAAGGUCUUUUGAUUCUCGGCAAGGAUUGUAUUUACAUUCUUGACAAUUUCUUCCAGAGGGCUGACGGAGAAAUCGUUAACGUUUGGCAAGCUCCUGCAGAGGAACGCGACUCUUACGUACGGAUGAUUGCUGGUCGAGAAUCCAACGACCGUCGUUCCCAAGAGCAUGAGACCCGGAGCUGGAAAUGGUCGGAUUUGGUCAGCGUUUCCAAGCGUCGCUUCCUCUUUCGUGAUGUUGCUCUAGAGAUCUUCUUCACGGAUGGCACCAGUUACCUUCUGACUCUGUAUUCUGCGCGGGUUCGAGAUGAAUUGUGCAAUCAACUCGGCUCUAAAGCUCCUCAAGUUACUGGAAGCGCAGGUCAUUCGCGACCCGAGGAUAUAUCGCGAUUUGAGACCCUGCGCAGUCAAGAAGAUGCACCGCAAUCUCUUGGUUCGAAGUUCGCGAGCGUCUUUGGACAUCUCCCGUCAAACCCUGCCACUCGAAAAUGGGUCAAGGGCGAAAUUUCAAAUUUCCACUACCUCAUGUUGAUCAAUACUCUUGCUGGACGAACUUUCAAUGACUUGACCCAGUAUCCAGUCUUCCCCUGGGUACUGGCAGACUACACCAGCGAGGAACUCGAUCUCACCGACCCCAAGACUUUCCGCGAUCUCUCCAAGCCUAUGGGAUGUCAAAAUCCUGAUCGCGAGGCAGGCUUCCGGGAACGGUACAAUGCUUUCGCGGAGAUGGGCGACGAUAAUUCUCCGCCUUUCCAUUACGGAACACAUUAUUCCUCAGCCAUGAUAGUUAGCUCAUAUCUCAUUCGCCUCCAACCGUUCGUCAAAUCAUACCUUCUUCUCCAAGGAGGGACAUUCGAUCACGCAGAUCGGUUGUUCUACUCGAUCCGCAAAGCGUUCGAAUCAGCAUCGCGAGGCAACAUGUCCGACGUCCGCGAAUUGAUCCCAGAGUUCUUUUAUCUUCCGGAAUUCCUCGUCAACUCCAACAAAUACGACUUUGGUAUCCCUCAAAACAUGACAACUGCCAUUGAUUCGGUCGAGCUUCCCCCUUGGGCCAAGGGAGACCCGAAAAUAUUCAUCGAAAAGCACAGGGAGGCUCUUGAGAGCCCGUAUGUGUCCGAGAAUCUCCACCAUUGGAUCGACCUUGUUUUCGGUAGCAAGCAGAAAGGAGAGGCAGCCGUCGAGGCCGUUAAUGUCUUCCAUCACUUGUCCUACAAGGGCGCCAAGGAUCUAGAUGCAAUCGACGAUCCUAUGGAACGAUUGGCAACAAUUGGGAUCAUUCAUAACUUUGGACAGACCCCUCAUCAAAUCUUCCAACGACCUCAUGCUCAGCGAGAAGAUCAGCGGCACCGCACUCCUCAAUUGGAUACCCUUGCAGAAUCACUGACCCAGAUGCCGCUCUCAUUACUUGAUACCGAGGAGCGCGUGGCCAAUUUGUCCAUGAGACAGGACCGUUUGCUGUGUACACCAGCGCUUCGGCUGAAUGUUCCACCAUCCUUUGAUCACUACAUGGAAUGGGGCUUUUUCGAUGGCAGUGUUCGUUUCUAUUCUGCGGAUAGUCGCAAGUUACUUGGACACUUCGAACAUCUCCAUGUUGGCCAACUCUCCCAUGCCAGCUUUGCGGACUCGCGAACUCUGGUAACUUGCGGUACGGACUGUACGAUUUCUUUGUGGACCGUGACCGCAACACCCAGGGCGGUUGAUCUUCAGCCUCUUGGAUCGCUUUUCGGCCAUCGUGCUCCUGUCACCGUGCUCGCAAUUUCGCGCUCUUUCAGUGCAUUGCUAUCUGCGUCUAGCGAUGGGCAUAUCAUGUUAUGGGAUCUCAAUCGACGAGGUUUCGUGCGGACUUUGCCCGCUGAUGGUACAGUCGAGUGCGCUCGUAUCAACGACGUUACAGGCAACAUCGUUGUCUGUCGAGGAAAGCGAAUCACCAUGUACACCCUGAAUGGAGAGGUUUUGGUCGACCAGCCCGUCUGCGACGCCGCCGAUGACCAUGUCCUUUCUUGUGUCUUCUACGAGGGCAUCCAGAACGAAUGGCUGGAGCGUGAACUUGUCCUUACGGGCCACAGCCGUGGUGUUGUCAAUAUCUGGAGCAAAACGAUUCGAAACGGACGGUUUGAGCUGGAACUCAUCCGUCAGCUCCAUCAUACCGAUAGCACCCGCGACACUGGUGCCAAUAUCUCCACGGGUAUCAGUUGUAUUCUUGCCCAGCCUCAGGUGGUCUACACUGGAGAUGAAGCCGGGCGAGUGUAUGAAUGGAAUUGCAUCCAGAGGCGCUAA